GUGUGUCGGUGUCCACUGAAUGGCGAGGAACGAUGACACACACGGUCAGUGGGCGUGAAUGUCAGUUAUGGAGGCUCGACACUCCUAACAAGCACAAUUACAACGAUGGACAAAGAUUCGCUAACGGUGAAAUUGUCACUGAGGCGAAGAACUACUGCAGAGACCCUGACGGCGAAGGGACACUUUGGUGCUACACGAACGACCCCGGCCGACGUUGGGAGUACUGUCCUGUUCCUAUGUGCACGGCUGGGUCGCAUUUACCGGAAAUGGACAAAACGGUCAGUGGUCCGUGCAAGACGGGAUGGACAGAGAUUAGCAACACCGGGGCAUGUGUAAUACGAGGACAAGAAAAUCUGAUAUUUGCCGACGCAGACAGCGCAUGCAGAAGAGAAGAAGCUUUUAUAUUUCUUCCCAAGACAGAUGGCGGAGUAGAUGAGAAUGGGACGUCGCCCAACCAUACAGGGGUAUCAAUGCUAGUCAAGAAAGGGAAUAUGUCUCUUGAUAACAAUGUCUGUGUGGCUGUAGAUGGAACUAAGUUUGAACUUAACCAACAAAAGUGUCUCGAUCGACUUCCUUACUAUUGUUCUACUCCAGCAUCCGUCUUCAGUGGUUUUUGGAUGUCUUGGUCAGGUGGUAACAUAAAAGUUGGCAAUGAAACCAAAAUUGGCCGCAAUGUGUUCAUGGAAGUCCGGACUUCCGACUUCAUACCAGAGACAUUCAGUAUAGGAACCCCGACUGGUUUUGGAGGUGAAUGGAAGGUUCCGAAAGAACAAUCUACCGUAACAAGUGCGCCUAGCAGUACUGCAGUCACACCAGAUGACCGAGUGAAUCUGGCUUUCGAUAAGAGGGCAAACCAGAUCAGCACGGCCCACGACGGCGGGGCGGCAAAGGCAGUUGACGGCUGUACUGACGGCACGUACUAUAACUAUUGCUGCACGCACACGGAGAUAGAAGAUGGCCCCUGGUGGGAGGUGGACUUAGGCGGUGACUUCCCUAUCAAGGAGAUAGUGGUCUACAACAGAAAGGAUUGUUGCUCAGAGAGAUUGGACGGGUUUGUCACGCGCAUAAGUUCUGUGAAUGGUAGCACUAAUGACGCUGACAUCGUCUACAAAGAAGACUCGCAGGAAGAUGUCCCUUACGUGACACGGAUUCCUGCGCAAGGACUACGCGGAAGGUUUGUUCAAGUAUCGAUUCCCAAUAAGCGACAAUUUUUAACGCUAUAUUCGGACGUAGCAAAGUGUGAGAAAGGUUGGCAAGUGGCGCCGACAGCCGACAAGUGCUACCACGUCAUGCGUGUGCCAAUGGCGCACACAAAGGCCGUGGAGGUGUGUGACCAGCUUGAGGCACGUAUUGCACUGCCAACAGCGCCUGAGGAAGAGCUCUAUUUCAUUGUUGCUUUCCCUAGCUGA